AAGCGGUAGCGUGGACAUUCCGCGAACACGGAGUAACCGCGUCGUGGAGGCGCCAACCGCGUGGCUUUAGCCUCGCAUAAGCGUAAGCACGCAAACCAGGCCAAACGCUUAAAGCCCGCCCUCUCCCUAGUCGACUACUUCUCUCCGCAAAUCAAAUCCACGACCUCCAUUUCUUAAAAACGAAUCCUUCUACGACAUUUCUAUUCAAUCACCGAUCACUUCCGAGUUCCGAUCUGCUAAAACUCUCGGAAAUGGAGAACUCCGAUUCCCCGUCGGUGGGACCCAGAGAUCGCCGUCCCGACGCUCUCGGAGACCUCCGAGUACUUCCCGACGAAGUCAUCUGCGCAAUUCUGGAGUUUCUCACUCCUCGCGACGUCGCUCGCGUCGCUUGUGUCAGCAGUGUAAUGUACAUUUUGUGCAAUGAAGAACCUCUCUGGAUGAGUCUGUGCCUUCACAGAGUAAACGGUCCUUUUCAGUACAAAGGCUCGUGGAAGAAAACAGGAUUGCUUUUAGAGCACACUAAUGGAGAAUCCGAAGAACUUUUGGGAAAACAAUUGCGUUUUGAUGGAUUCAACUCGUGGUUCCUCUAUAAAAGAUUAUACAGGUGCUAUACCACACUAGACAGUUUCAAUUUUGACAAGGGUAACGUGGAGAGAAAUGAAAACCUUUCUUCAGAAGAUUUCGACGGGAAGAAGCCGGUUUUGCUUACUGGUCUAGCUGAUGCUUGGCCUGCAAGGCAUACAUGGACAACGGACCAGUUAUUGAUGAACUAUAGGGAUACAUCAUUUAAGAUUUCUCAGAGAAGUUCUCGUAAAAUUUCAAUGAAAUUCAAAGACUAUGUGUCAUACAUGAAACUUCAGCAUGAUGAGGAUCCAUUGUAUAUUUUCGAUGACAAGUUUGGGGAAGUUGCACCAGGAUUGUUGAAAGAUUACAACGUGCCUUAUCUAUUUCGAGAAGACUAUUUUGAUGUCUUAGACAAAGAUCAGCGACCUCCAUUUAGAUGGCUCAUUAUUGGACCAGAGAGGUCUGGUGCCUCGUGGCAUGUUGAUCCAGCUCUUACCAGUGCCUGGAAUACCCUUUUAUGCGGUCGGAAAAGAUGGGCUUUGUAUCCUCCUGGGAGAGUACCUUUAGGUGUAACGGUUCAUGUAAAUGAAGAAGAUGGUGAUGUUAACAUUGAGGCUCCAUCCUCACUGCAGUGGUGGUUAGACUUUUAUCCACUCCUUGCUGAUGAAGAUAAGCCAAUUGAAUGUACACAACUGCCUGGGGAGACUAUAUUCGUUCCAAGUGGAUGGUGGCACUGUGUCUUGAAUCUGGAAACAACUGUUGCUGUUACACAGAAUUUUGUAAAUUCUACAAACUUUGAAUUUGUCUGUUUGGAUAUGGCACCUGGGUAUCGUCAUAAGGGAGUUUGUAGGGCUGGAUUACUUGCGGUUGAUGAUGGCAGCUUUGAGGAUAUUGAAAACAAUGUACCAUAUGUCAAGAACGAUUUAAGUCACUCCAACCUUUCGAGGAAAGAGAAAAGACUCAGGAUUCUUGAAACUGGAGAGGAUCCAAAAUAUGGAAGAGCAGAAAAUGUGGUCUCAAAGAAUUAUAAUUUGUGGAAACAUGGUUUUUCUUAUGAUAUAAAUUUCUUAUCCAUGUUUCUUGAUAAAGAGAGAGACCAUUACAACUCUCCUUGGAGCUCAGGGAAUUGCAUGGGACAACGAGAAAUGAGAGAAUGGCUGUACAGGCUUUGGGUUGGCAAGCCAGCAAUGAGAGACCUAAUAUGGAAGGGAGCAUGCCUCGCACUGGAUGCAGGCAGAUUGUUGGAAUGUCUGUUAGAAAUUUGUGCCUUCCACAAUUUUCCUUCCCUGACAGAAUUUCAAAGGCUCCCUGUCGGCACUGGUAGCAAUCCUGUUUAUCUCUUGGGCGACUGUGUAGUGAAAAUUUUUGUUGAAGAUGGACUGGAAGCCUCUUUAUAUGGUUUGGGCACUGAGCUAGAAUUUCACAACCUAGUAAAUAAAGCCAACUCCCCUCUGCAAAAUCACAUUCCUCAAGUUUUGGGUAGCGGAAUACUUUAUCUCGAAAAUGGAUCAUACAAAAUUGUACCUUGGGAUGGCAGCACAGUUCCUGAUGUGAUCUCAAAGUGUGAUUUUCUUCUAGAGAGAGGCAAAGUAGAUACUUUUCCUUUUGGAAUAUGGAGCAAGCAACAAUAUAUAUACAGAAAAGCUGGGAUAUCAACAUCUGAGCCAAUCAAUUCGGUGGUGGGCAUGAAGAUAUGGCCGUAUAUCAUAACAAAAAGAUGCAAAGGGAAAAUAUUUGCAGAAUUAAGAAAUACACUUGAAUCAGAAGAUGUGCUAAAGUUGGCUUCCUUUCUUGGAGAGCAGCUACGUCACCUGCAUCUCUUGCCACGACCACCUCAUAUUUCAUCCACUAUUGUUGAACGGGAAUUAAACGUUCACCAUACUAAUGGUUCUACGGAGGCUGCUCCUGAUAACUUGAACAUGCCAGCUGAAUGGGACUUCUUCAUCAGAACUCUAAAUAAGAAGAAAAACAAUGUCUCAAGCCACCUGAAAAAAUGGGGAAAUCCACUUCCUAGCACGCUAAUUGAGAAAGUUGAUGAAUACAUCCCAGAUGAUUUUGCAAAGUUGCUAUACACAUUUGAGGAUGAAAAUGACGCAAGAAAAGUUUGUAAACCUUUGUCCUGGAUACACUCGGAUAUCAUGGAUGAUAAUAUUCACAUGGAACCUUGUGGUGAUAAUUCUUGCUUCAGUGGAGCCUCUAAAGAUGCUGACCUGGUGGACAAUGGUUACAGAAAUAGCUCUGAUGAUACUGAAGAGGGAAAAUCGUGGCGUCCUAGCCACAUUCUUGAUUUCAGUGAUCUCUCUAUGGGUGACCCUAUUUAUGAUCUGAUACCCAUAUACUUGGAUGUAUUUAGAGGCGAUCCGUUUCUCUUCAAGCGAUUUUUAGAAAGUUAUAAACUCCCACUUGUGAGAAGUUUAUACCAGCACAAGUCAGUAGAGGGCGAUGACAAGUUUGGACGACUUUCAUACUAUGCCAUGUGCUAUUGCAUCGUGCAUGAUGAGAAUAUACUGGGAGCUAUCCUUAGCAUAUGGAACGAACUACAGACAGCAAAGUCAUGGGAAGAGGUUGAGCAGACAGUAUGGGGAGAGUUAAAUAAUUACAAAGGCUUUCCUUGAUCUUUAUUUUUUUUAUAGACAAUUAUCAACAUUUAUUAGAUGCUUUUCAAAUAAAUCUGAACACGAUAUCAUGCCAACAUUUUAUCCGAAAUUUUGGCAGAAAGUGAUUGUUUUGUACCAUAUGGUCGUGUUGUAGUGUCCAAGUCAUUUGUGUAAUUUUAUUUCUAGGUUGUAGUCAAAUACCUUUUUCCCGAACACCAAUAAUUAUUUCAAGGGCAAAGGAAAGUACCCAUUUGAUAAGCGACAGGGCAUGUAUGAAUGACGAUUAUUUUUUCACCUGAA